UUCGGAAGUUUGCGCCUCUCGAACUCGGGAUUCGCGAGUCGUCGCGUCCGUGCUCGUCUACCGACGUCCUCCUCGAUUGUUACCGCUAACAUGUCGUUUAGGGCACUCUCUGGAACGGUUCUCACUGUAUCUAGAUCCUCCGCAAGGCACACAGCGUCAAGAUGUUUUCACCAGUCAAGUAAGAGGUCCGCAAUAUCUCAAUUCCAAAUGCCUGCAAUGUCCCCGACGAUGACCGAGGGAGGUAUCACGUCGUGGAAAAAGAAGGAGGGAGAGUCAUUUUCUGCCGGAGACGUUCUUCUUGAAAUCGAAACGGACAAGGCUACGAUAGAUGUUGAGGCUCAAGAUGACGGUGUUGUUGGAAGGAUUCUGGUUCCGGACGGUACCAAAAAUGUCAAAGUCGGAAAUCUCAUUGCUCUACUCGCAGAAGAAGGGGACGACAUAUCCAACCUCGAAAUUCCAAAGGAAGACUCUACUCCUGCACCGGAAUCUACAUCGACAUCGACACCCCCCGCCGACUCUCAAUCCCAGCCACCUCCGCCGUCAUCCACACCGACGGAGUCGACGCCCACACACCACAUCCACCCAUCUCAUUCACGUCCACUUUUCCCUUCGGUACAAAGACUUCUCACAGAGAACGGUAUAGCAGAUGGAUCCAAAAUAACCGGAACCGGUAUACGCGGCAUGCUGACCAAGGGAGAUGUUCUCACUUUCUUAGGGAAGGCCUCAGGUCCUCUGGGAAGCUACAAAGAAUCUCCUUCACCCAUCCAGCAGGCCGCUGAGUCUGCUGGUAAAGCCCCCGAGAAGCAAGAGAAGCCUCUCGAUGGUCCUGCUAUUCGCCAACUCAUUGUCUCUGCCAUGCUGAACAACUCCGUCAAAGCACGAAGCUUGCCCGGAUCCUCAGAGCCACUCGAUUUCGACUCUAUAAUCGCAGAUUAUUUGCCAAAGUCGACUCCUUCCACACUUAAGGAAUCAACCCCAGCUUCACUCAAGCAGAGCACAAAUAAAUCUUCCGACUUCCUAGACGGUUUGCUUUAAAGAGCAGCACAGAAUGUGUUCUAGACGGAACUUGGGAUGUAAUAUACGUAUACGUGUGUUUUAUUCUCUUUUAGAGUCAAAAGCGCAGUUCAAGAAGUGCUUUGCCAAGUGGACUCAUUCAAAGGCGGUACAAACCCUAGAAAGAACAAAAUAAUCAACCAACGGGUCCAGUUGAUCAAUAUUGGGAUACGCACCCUUCUCAAAGGCGCUAAAUUCUGUCGCCAGGAUUUGUUGAAUAUACUUGCGGCAAGUCGUGAGGAGGAAGUCGUGCACGGCUCACUAUGUCGAUGUUCCCCGGCCACCGCCCAUGAAUCGUAGGUGCCAAUUGCACCCCCAUCUUGUAUGCUUCUAUUCUGUACUAGAUGAUGAUGCGAAGGAGAGCAAUAGUAAGAAUAGGGAAGAUGCUGAACGCCAUGUGCAUAUGCUUUGGGAUGGUGUUUUCCGGAAAGAGUUGGGUCCCGUAAACGAUUGAGACAACGGAUGGAAGGCAUAGGAAGGAGCA